AUGGGGAAUUGUAUACGGAGUUUACUGAAAAGAUUACAAAAGAGGAGACUCUCCGAAAAAAUCAUUAUUAUAUUAAUUGUUGGCCUUGAUAAUGCGGGUAAAACAUCUAUUUUGAAUCGCAUAAGCGGCGAUUCAGACAAAAAUGUAUUACCUACAAUAGGAUUUCGAACAGUUUCUUUAAAGUACAAAUCUUAUACAGUCAAACUUUAUGAUAUUGGUGGUAAUUCCCAAAUCAGAUCCUUGUGGACAAAGUAUUACAGUGGUAUACAUGGUCUUAUAUAUGUGGUGGACGCUAGUGAUAUUUCCCGUCUUACAGAAAAUAAAGUUGUAUUUGGUGAAUUAAUUUCACAUGAAUGUAUUUCAGGGAAACCAUUAUUAUUGCUUGCGAACAAGCAAGAUGUAAACGGAGCUAUCGAUGAGUUAGAUCUCGUCGAAAACUUGGACAUAGAACAUGCUGCUAAUACUAUGAAAUGCCCCACAAGAGUGGAAAUAUGUUCAUGUAUAGAGGGAGAAAGUCAAUUAAAAGAUAGCACUAUAGGCAUCAAGAAUGGAUAUAAGUGGCUAUUGGAUACAAUAGUAAGAAAUUACAAUGUAUUGAACAAUAAACUUAAGGAUGCACAAAAUAAUCAAACAGUAAGAAUGACUGAAAUACAAGAUACAGUAUCCGAUACAUCAUCAAGAAUAUCAAUUCAUUCCAAUCCAUUUAAACCGAUCAAAGAUUUAGUCGCGAAAAAGGAAGAAAUUCUGCCAACAAAUGUUUCACACAACGGGGUUGUUGGUAGAAAUAAGUUAAACAAAAUAUUCAUGCAUAGAAACAAGACUGCUCCACUUACCACUGAAGAAUCAGUUAUUGAACUUGGUGAUGUGUCUGGAAAUUCUAAGCUUGCUAGUAAGAAUUUCGAUGUCCAUGAGAAUGUUCAAAAUCUUUCACAAACGUUAAAUCCAGUGAUACUGAAUGCAUUCUCAAAUACAGUUACGUCGAAAUCAAAUCGUCCAUACACAGCGCCAGGACGUUCACAACAUUUUUUCAAUAAAGUAACAGUAAUUAACAUCCCUGGACAAGUAACACAAGAAUUACAACUUUUGCAAAAUAUAAUGGCAGUUUCCAUAAAGUAA